GAAAAAAGAAGAAAAGCAGUUUUACGGUAUGCAUUGCGAUUAACUCGCGUUAGCGAGAGACGAACAAACCUACGUAUUUUGUGAUUUGUUAUUUUAUAUAGAGCAGAACAACUUUAGUCAUCGGAGUAACGAGUUUCAGACGAGUGUUUUCUCUCUUCUCUUCAUCUUCCUUUUCCUCUUCUGCAUUCCUUUACUGAAAAAUGAAUGAAAAAUUAAGUGCGUUAAAAUAUAAUUAAACGGUGUAACGAAGAGCAGUUUAAAAAAAAAAUGUUUUAUAUGUAAUAAGUGUUAGGUACUUAAUAAUAUACUUACACUAGAAAAAUGCAAAAUACUGUUGAACAAAGAAUGCGUUUCGUUGAAUUAACGGACUGAACUGAAAUGAAGACAAACAAACGAAAAAAAUACCUUUUUCUAUUUUUCGAUUCUCCUUAUUUUAAGUGUAACAUAUUUACUUGAAAAUUGCGGAAGCAUGAAUGUUCUCGUUCAAGGAACACCAAAUAUACCCAACGAUUCAAGAACAAUAUCAACGCAGGAAGAUCCGAAAACCGACCGUUACCAGUUUCAUUUUAGAGAACUAACUAUCGAAGGAAAUCGUUUCGAUUUAUCGGAUCGAUGAAUUAAGAACAAUCUUCACUUUGAUGUAUUUAAGAUCACAAGGAUAGAAUUCGAACAAGUGAAAUAAAAUAAUGAAGAAAAUACUGACGUACUCGAGAGAAUAUAAAUAUUUGAUCUCAGCGAAGAAUUCUUCGUUUGCUGUUAACAUUAAUAGAGGGCAACCAUUAAUUUAGGCUACUUGAAAUAUUAUAUUUUUAUUAAUAUAAUGAUCCAUAAGUAAGGAAAAAGAAGAAAACUACCGGCCUGUGAUAUUAUAUCGUGAUAUACAUAUAGUGAUACCAUAUAUCAAUUUUUAUUGAUCUCAGCCUUACCAACACAUGAUAAGACUUACAAAAUAAGACGUUUAAUUAAAAGUGAAAUAACUCAUGCUUUAAGAAGAGAAAAAAAUUUGGAAAAAAUAUUUGUAACAUCGAAUGAAAUGUUGCACCUUUUGAAAAUAAUAAUUAAAUAAUAUCUGUGCUGGAAAACGAAGUUAUACUAACAGAAGAAGGUUUUCUUUCUGAAAAAUUUCUUCAAAAUUAAUCACGCGUGGAGCGACGAAGACAACGUACAAUUUAUGGGAUAUUUGUAAACCUUUCGCACGCCAGAGCUUUAACAAGAGAAGAUUUACAGCACGAGAUUUAUAUUUGAACAAAUGAUAUCUAAAAAUAGGUCGUUACUCGUUGACUGGUACGCAUCAGCAUGGGGCAUCGUUAUUGAUAAAUUCUGAUAAAGGUUAAUAAAAGCGAUUUAAAUAGACACACUUGAGGAUUCACUUAUGAUAUUUGAUUUUUGAGUUCGUCCGUUCAAGUGUUAGUUUUUAAAUUUGAAAAAUUCAUUUCUUCGACACGCUAUCGUUAUCAAAAUGAUAAUGCCAAAGAGAAAUUUUUAUUAAUAAUUAAUCAGUAUUCGUUAAAAUGCAUAGAGAAUACAUCUUCUUUUAUACAUGUAUAUUGAUUUGUUCUUAUGAUGUUUGCUUACCGGCUACACGCAUUAAUGUGUUUAACGAUCGUGAUAACGAUCUUAAUGCCGGAAACGGAACAUGCACGAUCAGACGUGUUUCAGGAAAGGCAAAAACGACAAACCGCAACCGAACCACGUCAAUAUUGCGGCCAAAGUUUGCCGGACAAUUUACAUAUGAUCUGUCAUGGUAAUUACAAUUCACGGUUUAAGAAAAGCAACCAAGAAAUGGAGACGGACGACUACGCAUUUAAUUACGAUGUGCAUCCUUAUAAGUCUAUCAAGAAUGCAAGAAAAAUGUUAAGAUUCCGAAGAUAUACAAAGGGAAUUCAUGAGGAAUGUUGUGUAAAGUCUUGCUCAACAGAGGAGCUGCGCACCUAUUGCGGCACUUUUAAUUAAAGCAUGGCAAACGAACUGAGAAAAAUUAAAAUAUCCUUUUAUUAUUUUCUUAAUAUCAAUGUUAUACUUAGAAUAUUUAUUCCACGUUUAUUUUAUUUAAAACGAUAGCGUGAAUAGAAUAUUUUGUUAUCUAAUCUUGAACAUGCUGUAAUUUUCAAUUAACAGCAUAGAUUUUAUAUUUUGACAUUUGUAAAACAAAAGGAUUGCUUUUCUUCGAAACUAAACCACCCUUCGUCUUUCAUAUUUAAUAAGUUUUAUAUGUAUACGUUUGUGAAUGCUUACUUAUAUGUAGUUUUUAAUUAUAUAUAUUAUGUAAAAUGUGCAAAAAUUUUUAAUAUUGAACGACAUCGUUCUAAAAAGUUAAAAGCUUGUGAAAAUUAAUUAUAUAUUAUGUAUAUAUGAUAUACAUAUUUGCUAUUCAUUUUUCAAUAUUUGUUUAGAUUAAUUAAAAAUCUCUAAUCAUAACUAAUAUGGAAUAACUGAAGAUGAUUGAGAUUGAUUGCGAUGGCGUUGGGGUGCAAUCACUUGAAUCUUGAAAAUUUAUUGUGCAUAAAAUUUGAUCUCAUUUGUACUUAACCGAUAUAAUAUAUGUAUAUACUAUGUAAAAGCAAAUUAAAUGCUCGUAAUUAAA